AGGGGGAGAAUUUAGUAUUAUGGCUUCUUCGAUAAUUGUUUACUUUACUCCAAGGACACUUUGCCUGCUUGUGUGGAUUCCUGCUGAGACAGCAAGGUGGUACACCAGGUGAUGGACAUGGACAGUUGAUGGAUGGCUGGUACCCUGGCAGGGGAGAUAAAAAAGCAAGUCUGCUGAGACACAAGACACACCAAAGGACACUGAAAGAGCAUUGUGCACCCACAUGAAGGUGGGGGUUUGGAAGAUCGAUUCGGGGGAAUCGAUCAGAGGCUCACAGUGUGUGAAGGCAGACUGGUGGGGACGUGUGUGUGUCCACCCUCGCCUGGGUGACAGUCUCACCACUGAAGAAUGGUCUGGCCUGGUACAGAGGGGUCAUAGUCAGUGAUCACAACAGGACAAGAAGACAACGGAAGGUUUGCUUGCAAUUGCAUCACCUCUUGCUCUCUCUCUCUCCCCCCCCCCCAACGGUACAACAGCAACUACCUCGACUUAAGCUAAACUGAACUGAACUCUGCACCAUCAUAAGACUAUUCAUUUACCCCUAGACUUCGAUAGAGCUUGGUUUUGAUUCCUAUUUCUACACUUCUGUAUAUAUCAUUGCUAACCUGUUUUAUAUAUUUGUUUUUAUAGUACUGUUUUACUCAGUUUACUAAUAAACACUUUUAGUUACAGUAAUACCAGACUCCAAUGUAUUAUUCCAUUUCUGCUGGUUUGGUAACCCGGUCAUGGGGUACGUGGCAAAUUGGGGCUCGUCCAGGAUUUAAAUAUCAAAUUGGGGGGCUGUUGAAUUGGUUGGGGUAAAUUCCCCUAUCUGAUUCGGGUGUGUGAAGAAUAAUAGAUAAAAAGCAGAAAUAGAGAUUGAAGAAUUUCUGAAGGAGCUAUUGCGAGACGGUUGAAACUUUCGAAGGUGAAACAGUCAAUGAGGAGGUUGGAGAUGCAGAGAGCUAUAGUCGACUAUUAUGUAUUUAAGUGGGUAUUUCCCAAAGGGGAGCUGGAGAUGUUUCCUGAGAGUAAACCUAGCGAGGUCGAGACGCAGGUUCAGAUGGAAAAGUUGAGGCUCGAGGCUGAGGAGAAGAAAAGGGAACAUGAGUUCUGAAUGAACAGCUGGAAGCCAAAAGACAGAGAGGGAAAGUAAAGAGACAGAGAGAAGAAAGGGGAAAAGAGAGGCAGUUUGAGAUGGCAAAGAUAAAGGCAUUGCAGGAGGGGGAACAGGUGAUGGAUCCAGUCAGAGGGUUUAAGGUUAGUCAGGAAAUUAAGUUGGUACCCCCAUUUGAGGAGAUGGAUGUCGAUAGGUAUUUUCUGCAUUUUGAGAAAGUAGCUAUGAAUCAGAACUGGCCGAAGGAUAAGUGGGCUGUUCUGUUACAGAGUGUUCUUAAGGGGAAGGCUCAGCAAGCCUAUUUCGCGUUGUCUGCAGAUGAGGCAAAGAAUUAUGAUGAAGUAAAGGGGGCUAUACUGAAGAUUUACGAGUUGGUUCCAGAGGCAUACCAGCAAAGGUUCCGGAAUUUGAGAAAACCGUGGGACCGCACACAUUUAGAGUUUGCCCGUGAAAUGCACAUGUACUUUGAGUGUUGGUGUGCCUCAAAAGAGGCCAGUGAGGAUUUGGACAAAUUAAAACAGUUAAUGCUGAUUGAGCAGUUUAAAAGCUGCGUCCCUGAGGGUAUGCAGACGUACUUGGACGAGAAGGAGGCAAAAACUCUGUCUGCGACUGCUAAGUUAGCAGACAAGUAUGCCUUAACCCACAAGGUAAAAUUUCCUCCAAGUAAGAGCUACCAGAGGGGUAGUAGGGAUGGUAGAGAAACCCCACCGGCUAAGUCAGAGAGUAAGCCGGGGACUAGGGGAAAGGGUAAGGAGGGGGAAAAGCAGACUGGAUGGAAGUUUCCUAGUUUUAUGCGUAAUAAUUCUGGGAAAGCUGGCCACAUAGCAUGUAAGUGUCUGGAUCCAAAGAAAGAGACAGGAAAGGGAAAGGCGCCAACCCCAACUGCCUGCAUUAAGCCGGCUGAAAUGUCGCUAAAGGAGAAGAAGCCAAACAGUGUUCAGGAGGGAUGGGAGAAAUUUCUUCUGACCGGGUUGGUAUCUGUGAAGGAGGGGUCAAUCCCAGUGCCAGUGAGAAUCUGGAGAGACACUAGGGCUUUUCAGUCCUUAAUCCUAAGCAGUGUGUUGGACUUUAGUGCUGAGACCGAGACUGGUGACGUGGUGAUACAAGGGGUUGGUAAAGGGACCGAGGCAGUACCGUUGCAUAAAAUAGUUUUGAAGUGUGAGUUGGUAUCCAGGCCAGUCACGAUCGGUGUGCAGUCUGCACUCCUGAUACGUGAUGUGGAUGUCUUACUCGGGAAUGACCUGGCAGGGUGGGAUGUGUUCCCAAUAGUUCAGCUCACGAGUAAGCCUGUAAGUAGUGAGGACCCGCCCACAGAUUCUGAAGUUUAUCCCGCUUGCGCAGCUGUUGAGACAAACUCUGAUGUAGCUGAGGCAGAUGUUGAUUUAGCUGAGACGUUUUUACCGACCCUGUAUCAGAAGGGGUUGAGGACAGUGAAGCUGAGGAGAUAAAGGGGGACGAGACGGAUUUACCAUUAUCCAGGAAGGAAUUUGUGAAGGCACAGAGCAAAGAUGAGAAAUAGAUGUGGCAGCUGGAAGGUCCAGUGUUGGACACUGAUGAUUUACAUAACUUGAAAGAGCUGUUUGCAGUUGAAGAAUUUAAGUGUGUUCCCAAUGAUGUAAGGGCAUUCUGAGAUAAAAAGGAUGCCGCUACCUUGAGGGAGUCUGCUGGGUUAGCAGACGAGGUUGUUUUAAUCCACAAGGUUGAGUUUACUCCAGAUGGGAGUUGCCCAGAGAGUAGCUGGGAGGAUCAGGGGAACUUGGAAUUUGAAACUGGGACUGGUAUUGAAAACCCAGUAGAGGCAGAUGUCCCGUUUGCCUGUGUUCAGGUUGUUGGAAGUACCUGUGGAUUCACAGGGUACUGAACCUUGUGUUGUGACUCAGGAAAGGUCUGAGGUAUCUGGUUUGGUAUCUGACCUCAUUAAUGUUCAGUCUUUCGGAUUCCUUUAAGUUGGGUAGGUUGCCACAAUCUUUUUAUGAAGCUUCUAUUUCGCUUAUCCUUAAAAAGAAACUUUAAAAAACUGAAUGCUCUUCAUGCUCUCCUUACUUAAUAUUGAUACUAAAAUCCUCUCCGAAGUUCUGGCUCAUAGGAUUAAAAAUAUUUUACCAUCUAUCAUUUCUGAUGAUCAGACCGGAUUUAUUAAAAAUCAAUAUUCCCACUUUAAUAUUUGUCAAUUGUUAAAUGUUAUCUAUUCUCCUUCUAAGGAGAUAUCGGUUGUGUAAUAUCCUUAAGACGCUGAGAAGGCUUUCGAUCGGGUUGAAUGGAAUUAUUUAAAACCUGAGAAAAAAAUAAUUUUGGGCCCAAUUUCAUUCAAUGGAUUAUAUUACUUUAUUUAUCUCCCUCUGCUCAGGUUCUUACUAAUUUUCAGAAUUCCAAACCAUUUAAACUUCAGCGUGCAACCAGACAAGGCUGUCCAAUCAGCCCUCUGCUCUUUGAUCUGGCCUUAAAACCCUUAGCCAUUGCUUUUCGAGAACCUAGUGCUAUCACUGGUAUUUUAGGGAGAGGUACUACCCACUAAGUUUUGCUCUAUGCUGAUGACCUAUUGCUUUUUAUUUCUAAUGUCAAGACUUCAUUAUCUCCUGUGCUUCCUUUACUCUCCUGUUUCAGCCAGUUUUCAGGAUAUAAACUAAAUUUAUAUAAGAGUGAACUUUUUCCUUUGAAUAAUUUGGUUGCAGUUAAUACUAACCUUCCUUUUAAAAUUGUAAGAAAUCAAUUUAGCUAUUUGGGUGUAACAAUUACUAAGAAUUACAAAAACCUACUUAAAGAAAAUUUUCUUACCCUACUGAAUUAUGUAAAAAGGGCACUAUCAAACUGAUCACCUCUCUCGUUAUCAUUGAUUGGCCGGAAUAAUUCUAUUCAAAUGAAUAUCUUACCUAAAUUCAUAUACUUUUUUCAGGCCUUACCUGUUUUUAUUCCUAAAUCCUUUUUUGAUUCUCUUGAUUCUAUUCUAUCUUCUUAUAUAUGGAAAAACAAACAUUCUCGACAAAAUAAAGUUCAUCUUCAAAAAGCUAAAAAUAAUGGAAGUUUAGCUUUACCGAAUUUUAGGUUUUAUUACUGGGCAGUCAAUGUAUGAAAUCUUACGUUUUGGUUAUAUUAUAUUAACCCUGAGGACUGUCCGGUAUGGAUUUCUUUAGAAGUUAACUCUGUUAAUAAUUUUUCUAUCAUUUCUCUUCUUGGAUCCUCACUUCUUUUUUUAAGUAAACUGACAAUUUGGUAGUUAAACAUACUUUGAGGAUUUGGGUACAAUUUAGAAAAUACUUCGGUUUAUUGAGAUUUUCUCUUUCAAGUCCCAUUUUUUCUAAUUUUUUUUUAAACCUUCCAUGAUCAAUCUAGUUUUUAAAGAAUGAGAUAGAUUGGGUAUUAAAUGCUUCCAGGAUCUGUUUCUUGGAGGAAGUCUCCUUUCGUUUGAGCAAUUGUCAGCUAAAUAUAGCUAACCAAAAACCCAUUUUUUUCUAUAUCUACAAAUUAGAGACUUCCUGCAAUCUCAAUUAUAUAUAUCAAGUCAAGUCAAGUCACUUUCUAUUGUCAUUUCAACCAUAACUGCUGGUAUGGUACACAGUAAAAACAAGACUAAGUUUUUCAGGACCAUGGUGCUACGUGAAACAAUACAAAAACUACACUGAACUACGUAAAAACAACACAGAAAAAACUACACUAGACUACAGACCUACCCAGGACUGCAUAAAGUGCAGGCAUUACAAUAAAUAAUAAACAAGACAAUAGGGCAGUGAGUUGGUGUCAGUCCAGACACUGGGUAUCGAGGUAUCUGAUGGUUUGGGGAAGAAACUGUUGCAUAGUCUGGUCAUGAGAGCCCGAAUGCUUCCGUGUCUUUUCCCAGAUGGCAGGAAGGAGAAUAGUUUUAAUGAGGGAUCCUUUAUAAUGCUGUUUGCUUUGCGGAUGCAGCGUGUAGUGUAGAUGUCUGUAAUGGCAGGAAGAGAGACCCUGAUGAUCUUCUCAGCUGACCUCACUAUUCGCUGCAAGGUUUUUUGAUUUGAGAUGGUGCAAUUUCCGAAUUAGGCAGUGAUGCAGCUGCUCUCAAUACAACCUCUGUAGAAUGUGAUGAGGAUGGGGGAGACGCUGCUGGGCUUUCUUUGCUAUGGAGCUGAUGUUGAAGGACCAGUUGAGAUUCUCCGCCAGGUGAACACCAAGAAAUUUGGUGCUCUUAACGAUCUCUACCAAGAAGCCAUCGAUGUUCAGUGGAGAGUGGUCGCUCCAUGCCCUCCUGAAGUCAACAACCGUCUCUUUUGUUUUGUUCAAAUUAAGAGACAGGUUGUUGGCUCUGCACCAGUCCGUUGGAGAUGCUGCUUCUGAUCCAGACUGAUUGAGGUCUCCCAGUCAGGAAGUCUGGUAUCCAGUUGCAGAUGGAGGUGUUCAGGCCCAAUAGUCUCAGCUUUCCAAUCAAUUUCUGAGGGAUGAUUGCGAUGAAUGCUGAACUGAAGUCUGUGAAGAGCAUUCGGAUGUUUUUUGUCCAGGUGGAGGGUGAUGAAAAUGGCGUUGUCUGUUGAACGAUUGGGACGGUACGCAAACUGCAGGGGGUUCAGUGACGGGGGCAGCAGGGUCUUGAUGUACCUCAUGACGAGCCUCUCGAAACACUUCCUGAUGAUGAAUGUGAGUGGAACGGGAUGGUAGUCAUUGAGGCAGGACACUGAAGACUUCUUCAGCACAGGGACAAUGGUGGCAGCCUUGAAGCACGUUAGAAUGACAGAGCUGUUCAGGGAGGUAUUGAAGAUGUCAGUGAGAACAUCUGCCCAGGGAGAUAUUGAAGAUGUCAGUGAGAAAAUCUGGAAAGCGGCCAGUGAGUGAGUGGGCCAAUGAAGGAGUGGAGAUUUGAGGCUUUGACUCCAAAGGCUUCGAUGAGAAGAGGCGGAGGACGAGCUUCACCAAGUGAGGUAAGGCCGGGUAAGUUCCUUUCAAAGGAGAAAGUUUCAAAAGUUGAGGCAAGUAUUGGGUAGGUCAUGGCAGCUGAGAUCAGCCCUGUGGUUUGUUCAUCCUGCAGCAUGUGGGAAAUCAGGGAUACUUCCAGUGACCCUGACGACUAUGUGUGCAGGAAGUGUGUCCAACUGCAGCUUCUGGCAGACCGCAUUGAGCGUCUGGAGCUCCGACUGGAUUCAUACUGGAGCAUCUGUGAUGCUGAGAAAGUCGUGAAUAGCACGUUCAGUGAGUUGGCCACACCGCAGGUAAAGGCUACACAGGCAGAAAGGGAAGGGAUGGCCACUAGACAGCAUAGCAGUAGGCAGGUAGUGCAGGUAGUGCAGGAGUCCCCUGAGGUCAUCUCCCUCCUAAACAGAUAUACUGUUUUGGAUACUGUUGGGGGAGAUAUCUCAUCAAGGGAAGGCAGCAGCAGCUGAGUUCAUUGCACCAUGGGUGGCUCUGCAGCACAGAAGGGAAGGAAAAGGAGUGGGAGAGCUAUAGUGAUAGGAGAUUCAAUUGUAAGGGGAAUAGAUAAGUGUUUCUGCGGCAGCAAACAAAACUCCAGGAUGGUAUGCUGCCUCCCUGGUGCAAGGGUCAAGGAUGUUUCUGAGCGGCUGCAGGACAUUCUGGAAUGGGAGGGUGAACAGCCAGUGGUCGUGGUGCACAUAGGUACCAAUGAUAUAGGUAAAAAAUGGGAUGAGGUCCUACAAGGUGAGUUUAGGGAGUUAGGAGAUAACUAAAAAGUGGACCACAAAGGUAAUAAUCUCUGGAUUACUACCAGUGCCAAGUGCUAGUCAGAGUAGAAAUAGGAGGAUAUUUCAGUUGAAUACGUGGCUUGAGAAAUGGUGCAAGAGGGAGGGAUUCAAAUUUCUGGGGCAUUAGAACCAGCUCUGGGGGAGGUGGGAUCGGUAUAAACAGUACGGUCUGCACCUGGGCUGGACUGAAACCAAUGUCCUAGGGAGAGCGUUUGCUACUGCUGUUCAGGAGGCUUUAAACUAAUGUGGCAGGGGGAUGGGAACAAGUGCAGAGAGACAGAGGGGUGUAAAAUGAGGGUAGAAGCAAAAAGUAGUAAAGUGAAGAGUAAAAGUGGCAGGCAGGCAAAUCCAGGGCAAAAAGCAAAAAAAGCCACUUUUCAACAUAAUUGUAUAAGGGCUAAGAGUGUUGUAAAAACAAGCCUGAAGGCUUUGUGUGUCAAUGCCUUGAGCAUUCGUAACAAGGUGGAUGAAUUGAAUGUGCAUAUAGUUAUUAAUGAAUAUGAUAUAGUUGGGAUCACAGACAUGGCUCCAGGGUGACCAAGGAUGGGAGCUCAACAUCCAGGGAUAUUCAAUAUUCAGGAGGGAUAGACAGGAAAGAAAAGGAGGUGGGGUAGCAUUGCUGGUUUGAGAGGAGAUUAAUGCAAUAAAGGAAGGACAUUGGCCUGGAGGAUGUGGAAUCGAUAUGGGUAGAGCUGCAUAACACUAAGUGGCAGAAAACGCUGGUGGGAGUUGUGUACAGGCCACCUAACAGUAGUAGUGAGGUUGAGGAUGGCAUUAAACAGGAAAUUAGAAAUGCAUGCAAUAAAGGAACAGUAGUUAUAAUGGGUGACUUCAAUCUACAUAUAGAUUGGGUGAACCAAAUUGGUAAGAGUGCUGAGGAAGAGGAUUUCUCAUUGUAUGCCGGAUGGUUUUCUGAACCAACAUGUCGAGGAACCAACUAGAGAGCAGGCCAUUCUGGAUGGGGUAUUGAGCAAUGAGGAAGGGUUAGUUAGCAAUCUCGUCUCUCUUGGGUAAGAGUGACCAUAAUAUGGUGGAAUUCUUCAUUAAGAUGGAGAGUGACAUAGUUAAUUCAGAAACAAAGGUUCUGAACUUAAAGAAGGGUAACUUUGGAGGUAUGAGAGGUGAAUUAGCUAAGAUAGACCGGCAAAUGAUACUUAAAGGGUUGACGGUGGAUAUGCAAUGGCAAGCAUUUAAAGAUCGCAUGGAUGAACUACAAUUGUUCAUCCCAGUUUGGCAAAAGAAUAAACCAGGGAAGCUAAUUUCCAUGGCUGGCAAGGGAAAUUAGGGUUAGUAUCAAGUCCAAAGAAGAAACAUAUAAAUUAGCAAAAAGCGGCACACCUGAGGACUGGGAGAAAUUCAGAGAUCAGCAGAGGAGGACAAAGGGCAUAAUUAGGAAAGUGAAAAAAGAUUAUGAGAGAAAGCUGGCAGGGAACAUAAAAACUGACUUUAAAAGCUUUUAUGGAUACGUGAAAAGAAAAAGAUAGGUCAAGACAAAUGUAGGUCCUUUACAGUCAGAAACAGGUGAAUUGAUCAUAGGGAACAAAGACAUGGCAGACCAAUUGAAUAACUACUUUGGUUCUGUCUUCACUAAGGAGGACACAAAUAAUCUUCCGGAAAUAGUAAGGGACCGAGGGUCUAGUGAGAUGGAGGAACUGAGGGAAAUACAUGUUAGUAGGGAAGUGGUGUCAGAUAAAUUGAAGGGAUUAAAGGCAGAUAAAUCCCCAGGGCCAGAUGGUCUGCAUCCCAGAAUGCUUAAGGAAGUAGCCCAAAAAAUAGUGGAUGCAUUAGUGAUAAUUUUUCAAAACUCCUUAGAUUCUGGAUUAGUUCCUGAGGAUUGGAGGGUGGUUAAUGUAACCUCACUUUUUAAAAAAGGAGGGAGAGAGAAACUAGGGAAUUAUAGACCAGUUAGUCUGACAUCGGUGGUGGGGAAAAUGCUAGAUUCGGUUAUCAAAGAUGUGAUAACAGCACAUUUGGAAAGAGGUGAAAUCAUCAGACAAAGUCAGCAUGGAUUUGUGAAAGGAAAAUCAUGUCUGACGAAUCUUAUAGAAUUUUUUGAUUGAUGUAACUAGUGGAGUGGAUAGGGGAGAGCCAGUGGAUGUAGUAUAUUUAGAUUUUCAAAAGGCUUUUGACAAGGUCCCACACAGGAGAUUAGUGUGCAAACUUAAGGCACACAGUAUUGGGGGUAUGGUAUUGAUGUGGAUAGAGAAUUGGUUGGCAGACAGGAAGCAAAGAGUGGGAGUAAACGGGACCUUUUCAGAAUGGCAGGCAGUGACUAGUGGGGUACUGCAAGGC